AUGGUGAAAAGAGGAGGAGGUACGAAGAGGAAGCCUGAUAUGAAGAAGAUCGCAUACAAAGCUUCGCGAGCCACAACUUUCUCAAAACGCAGAGAUGGUCUCUACAGCAAAGCGGCCCAGCUUUGCGUUAUCUCUGACGCUCAAAUCGCAAUCUUAGCGUCUUCAAACUCCAACGCUUCUUUCUUCUCCUUUGGUCAUUCCUCCGUUGAAUCUAUCGUCUCUGCUUAUCUAUCCGGAAAGAGACCUCCUCCUGUUUCGAGUGAUACCAAAGCGACGAGAGAAGACCUAGGUAUAUGUAUGGCUCGCAUGAAUCUAGGGUUAGGGUUUUGGUGGAACAACAAGAAACUUGUCAAUUCUAAGAAUAGGGAAGAGAUUAUGGAAGCGAUGGAGUCAAUGGAAGUACUCAUGAACCAUCUCAAGGCACUGAAGGAUCAAACCCUAACAACAACGGUGGACCCUAACAACAACGGUGGAGGACGAGGACAAGGUUGA